AUGCCGUUAUUAAAGCUUCACAAGAAGCGCGAAAAGGACGAUGAGCCCAAACUCCCUCCAGCACACGCUUCAGAACCUCCUGAAUUCCGCAUAAUACGCUCAGAUACGCACACUGAAGAGACAAUCGAUGCUCCUGCGUUCCAGUUGGUAGAAAACCCAACCUCCCCGCGCAAAUCCUUUGGCUUCUUCCGCCGCUCUAUAGACACUUCGCCCAACAGCCGCAGCAGCCAGGACUCACACUCGCCGCGAGAGAGUCGGCUUUCACGACUACAUAUUGGCCGUCGAUCGAGGUCUGGGAGUUCCUCAUCUGUUGUGCUGCCAGAGAAUCUGCCGGAGAUUGAGAAUGAUGUCGCAGAUGACCAGGAGAGGGAAGCACAGUGGGAGAAGCGGGCGACGGUCUUGGUGCAGAGAGGAUCGCGUUCUUCCUUGUCGCCUGGCUUGCAGCAGGGGAGGUCAAGGAGCUCAAGCGUAGGCAAAGUAAACGAUCCAGAGGGAGACGAAACUAUACAAGAGGCAAUACGACUACAUGAAGCGGGAGAUCUAGAAAAGUCGACACAUAUCUUUGGAAAGCUGGCUGAUCCCCACGGACAGAAUAAUGCCUUGAGUCAAGUCCUCUUUGGCCUAGCAUUAAGACGUAAUCUGACAAUCUACCGCAGACACGGCUGGGGCUGCGAACCUAACGCCGAAAUGGCAGUCCAAUACCUUAGCGCUGCAGCUUCAAACUCCGCUUCUAUUGAAGAAGAGGCCCUCCGUGCUGGCAUGAAGAAAGGAGGCGCUGCCAAGGGUGAGCUGGUACUGGCUAUCUAUGAACUGGCGAACUGCUACCGCAACGGAUGGGGUGUGGCUAAAGACCCAGCUGCGGCAAGGCAGUAUUACGAAACUGCUGCCAAUCUCGGAGACACAGAUGCUAUGAAUGAGGUCGGUUGGUGUUAUCUUGAAGGUUUUGGCGGGAAGAAAGACAAGUUUACUGCCGCGAAAUAUUAUAGGCUCGCGGAAGAGAAUGGAAAUAAGACACUUGGGAAUUCCUGGAUCUGGAAGGACAAAUAUAAUCCAAAAUGA